GGAGAAAAAGUGAACAUUUCAUGUGGUCGUGUCUUUUUGAGCAAAAUCAUUGAGAGUAUUAUUUUGUCUUUCAUCUAUACACCGAGGCCCAAAUAUGGCCACUACGCCAGUAAAACGCAAUGUUAAUAAACCGGUAGCAAACGGAACAGACACCGUAUCGAUUGUAUCGAAAGCUUUUACACAGGAUGCCGAGUGGACGGACAAGGGCGAGUUUCUAGACGUGGUCUACUGGUUGCGACAGAUCCUCGGUGUUGUAAUCGGACUGAUCUGGGGCCUGAUUCCUCUCAAGGGUCUAGUCGGUCUUGGACUCUUUUUCAUCAUCAAUGUGGCCAUCGUCUACAUCUACUACAACAGCUUCCAGAAGGUGGAUGAAGAGGAGUAUGGAGGAGCGUCAGAGAUUUUAAAAGAAGGAUUAAUGACAUCAUUUUCUUCAUUUUUGGUAUCAUGGAUCAUCCUGUAUUCGUCCCUCCACACGGACUCCUAGCACCCACCAAACCCGGCUUCAUACCAUCCUACAACACAGCCAGGCCACAUCUACCACACCACACUGAUGCUUCUCAUUUCAUCAUACAAGGUGUAAAUUUACUGUGGAAUAUAAACAGAAUCUGUACAUUUGGAAAACUGUCAGCUCGUUAACGUUUAUACUGACACGGUUGGAUGUACACAAAGAUAGAUUUAGAAGUACAUUCACAAGGGUUGAAGGUUGUAUGAUUGAUUGAAAUAUUAAUAGUAAGUUUUGUACAAGGGUACUACAGUUAGUGAGGGAGUGGUACCCUUGCUCCUGUCUCUCCUCAGUUAGUGUUGACAUUUGCAGGAAGCAGAGGAUGUUGGCUGUGAAUAUUUAUUUGCAGAGUUGUGCAAUAUCAGGUGUACCAUAACUUAAGCCUUGUGUCAGCAUCCCUCUUCGUAACCAGACCAAAAUAUGACCAUUUUACAAAAA